CCUCCCUCUCUCACAGCUGAUUGAUUUGUUUUGGUUUGAGACUGGGCUGUUGUUUCUCGUUUUAGUUCUAUAAUAAAUAAAUAAUAAUGUCUACAAAUCUUACGAUUAAUUUAAAAAGAGCCAGUAAAGUGUACUAUGAAGGCGAGAGCAUUGCGGGCGUGGUGGUGGUGGACAGCAGCGGCGACGUGCGGCACGAGGGGCUGGCGCUGCUGGCGGAGGGCUCCGUCGGCCUGCAGCUCAGCACCAAGAGCGUCGGCAUCUUCGAGGCCUUCUCCAACAGCAUUAAGCCAAUCAACCUCAUCAACACUAGCAUAGAGCUUGCACCACCGGGCAAGAUUCCUGUUGGAGUUACAGAAAUCCCAUUUGAAAUGCCACUAAGAGCUAGACAGGCCGUAUCCCCUGGCUACCCUGGGCUACUGGAGACGUACCACGGUGUGUUUGUGAACAUCAUGUACACACUGAAAUGCAGCAUGAAGCGGUCUUUCCUGAACAAACCCUUGGUUGCCAGCUGUCAGUUCUUUGUGCAGUAUAGACCGCAAGAGGCGGCGCCGCAGAAGCCGGUGCGGUGCGAGAUCACGCCGGCCACGGUCCGCGCGGCGGGGGCGGCGGGGGCGGGGAGCGCGCGCGUGGCGCUGCCGCAGUUCCAAAUCUACGCCGAGAUCGACUCCACCGUCUGCGCGCUCGACAAGCCGCUCACCGGCAAGAUCCGCGUGGACGAGUGCGAGGCGGCCAUCAAGUCGGUGGAGCUGCAGCUGGUGCGCGUGGAGACCUGCGGCUGCGCCGAGGGAUACUCCCGCGACGCGACGGAGAUCCAGAACAUCCAGGUGGGCGCGGGCGACGUGAAGCGCGCGCGGGACAUUCCACUCUACAUGGUGCUGCCGCGCCUCUUCACCUGCCCCACCACCACCACACACAACUUCAAGAUCGAGUUCGAGCUGAACAUAGCGGUGAUCUUCGAGGACGACUACCUGGUGACGGAGAACUUCCCCAUCCUGCUGCUGCGAAGCAGGUAGCCCUGCGGAGCGCGCUGUGAUAGUUAACUUAUUUAA